GGCUCCCUGCUUGCCGGGCAGGCCAGUUCUGAUCGCUUAGGUGCAGCCAAUCAGGUCACAGGGCCAGUUUUAGUCUGGAUAAGCCUUCUCUGAAAGGAGCCCAGCUACUGUAAUAACGGGGAAAAUCCUCUACGUGAAAGGCCGUGGCCUCGAUGGGCUCAGAAACGCUGAUUCCACGUUUGUGUGAUCGCAGUGGCUCCGCUCGGCCGCCGCUCAGUUGUUUCUGGUAAAAUCCAGAGGGACGCUGGCACCCUGAAUCACCAUGGGCAAUGAGAACAGCACCUCGGAAAACCAGAAAACUCCAUCAGCUCAGAGUCCAGGGUCUGUGCAACCCUCCGGGAACAAUCAGAACACAGAAAGGGACGUGGAGGAGAAGUCUGGAAGCAGUGGCCGUGGAGGCUCCCACAGUGCCGGGCACCGAGGCUCCCGCCCCACUUCUGAAGGCGCUGCCAGCCUGGAUCCGUGCUUCGUGUUCCCAGAGGUGACAGAGCCGAGCAAAUGCCCCCAGGAAGCCUGGGGCCCAGAAGCUUCGCCACUGCCCUGGCCACCAGUGUCCUGGGAGCACGGGUGCCCCCCAGCCUCCACGCCCUUUGCCGAGGGCCCCCCAGAAGGUUGCCUGGCAAGCCCCGGAGCAGCACCUGAAGACUGGCCCCCUAUUCAACACCCCAGGAAGGAACCUUCCCCACAUGCCCAUGGGGAUGCCCCAACAGCACGUGUCUCUGAAGGAGACAGUUCUACUCAAUGCAACGUGGGUGCCAUCGUCCCCAGUGCCCAGGAAAGAGGGGGAGACCUGAAGGAAGACGGACAUAAAUUGUCUUCCUCCAGUUGCACUGACCAGUUGCCAGCAAUGUCACCAGCACCCCCUCAAGAGCUGAUGAAGGGACAGCUGUGCGGAAAAGAUGGCCAGCCUGGUGGCUUCGAGUCCCGAGGGAAAGAGGCAGGUGGCCUUCCCUUCAUAGAGUGCAGGCAGGGGGCGGCUUCUGUACCAGUUGCCGCUCAGACAGACGAGGAGAGCUCAGCUGGCCUGGAGGAGCCCCCCACCAAACACGAGACCCUGACCCCAGAAGACCCAGCGCCCAGGGCCUUAGACAGAGAAAUGUGCCAAGUGGAGGUAGGGCUUCAGACUUUAGCUGAUGACUCAGGACUCCUCAGGGUCUGCCCUGCCACCGAAAGCAAUUCAGGGGCUGCGCCCGAAGCUGGCACAGGUUCCCGGGAAAGCUGCCAGCAGCAAAUGGGAGCACGUCUGGCACACACAGAGCUGCCCAGGGCUCCAUCGAGUCCCGCCCUGGCUCCCGGACCCCAGGACUCUGGGAAGGAGGCCGUGGAUGCCAGUGGCGCUCAGGGUCCCUUGCAGACAGAGGGCCAGGGAAGCAAUCCCAGUAGAGGCAACCUGCUCUCAGGGGCUUCGCUUGUGAGCGCAGAGCCUUCCCCACCGGCCCCGACAGAAGAAGUACGUCCACCUUCAGGCUCCACUGGGCAGCCAGCUGCUGGGGCCGGUGCUGCUGCAGAAGAGCCCAGCUGGCCCACCAGAGAGGUGGUUUCCGGGGCUGCAAUGCCAGUUCUUAUGGGUCCGGCCAGAGGGCCGGCAGACAUGGGGGUGGCAGGAUGGGGGAAGCACGCAGCAGGUCUCAGAAAUGAGGGAGAAGGUCUAGAAGGGAGCCCUGCAGAGGGUCUUGAACCUCGGCCCCAGGAAGACAGGGGAGAGCUUUCAAUGAGGGACCAUGAAGUCCAACAAGGGGUACCGCCCCCUGCCCCACCCUGUGCAUCAGGUGAAAGUGCCAGAAGCUCACCGGGGCCAAAGGAUGAAGCCAUGACCCCUGAAAGCCCAUCAGAAGCUGAGGAAGAGAGCAGACCACCUGGGGCCAAACCCAGGGGACAGAAAGAGGUCCCAGAGCCACUUGACAGCAGAGCUCCUGAGAGCUCACCGGGAGAGCCCCUCGGGGUCUUCAGCUACCAGUCUGACUCAGAGGCAGAAAAAGACGAGGUUUCCGAGCAGAGCCAUGACACAGAGAGCACUGUGCAUUCUGGCACGGACUCAGCACAGCCCCUCAAGAAGGAGGGUCCUGGUCCCACCGGCAGGCCUGGCUCUCCAUCGAAAGAGGCAGCUUGGAGCUCGGCGGCCUGCGGGGUGAUGGGGGAGGCCCGUGUGGCCUGGGCCUCUGGCUCACAGCACAAGCUCCCUGCGAUGGGUCUCCUCCUGCCACCUGCGCCAGACGGAAGUGGUGAGCACAUUCUUCCCGAAGAAGCCGUCCGGGAGGGGCCGGAGCUGCAGACUCAGUGUCCUGACACCCUUCAGGACACUGGGGGAUUGGAAAGAAUGGACCGUCUUCCUGCUUUAGAAUCUGAGAGAGCAGAUUUCCUGUCAGCUCAUGCUGCAGAGGUCAGCCCCAAGGCCCAGGAGGCCGAGAACAUAUCAGAGACAGAGAUGAGGCGCCCCCCGUCUGUGCCAGGGCCCGGCAGCUGUGACGGGGAUGGCUUGCUGACAUUGCCAGGCCAGCCUGGUGGGCUGGGGCAUGAGGCGGCUGGUCAGGAAGUCCAUGCUGAUGGGGACUUGGGCAGUGGGGAGAAUUUGGCCAUGCACCCUGGGCUCCCGAUGCUCAGCCUGGAGCAAGAUCGGCAGGGAAAGCCGCCCUGCCUGGGGGACCACCGGGCACAGGGGGCUGCUUCUGAGAGGCCCUCAGCAUCUUCUGAGAACCCUCUCCAGCCACUGCAGGCAGACCCAGAAGCGUCCAUCGGGGACAUGUCCCGGGAGAAGCCCCAGCACUGUGAACACGAGGAGGACACUUACCCAGGGGGUCUAGGCGUUACGAACACAGGCUCAGAUGCUCCUCAAAGACCUGUGAGGCCUCUGGAGGAUGCGUGCUUGCCCACUCAGGGCACAGAGGAGCAAGCUUCCAGAACAGGGCUUCAGGCUGCGCUCCCCAAAGACAGUCUGGCUGCUGCCCCAAGUUCAGCUCCCAAGGACACAGUUCCAGAACGUCCUGCCACCCAGCAGCCGGAGCCAACGGCCCCCGUAGGACCGGAGCUGCCAGCGCUGGGGCAGAAUGAGCCAGAGGAAGCAGGCAGCGGCCCGCCCUCCGGGCCCCCCCUUCCCGCGGCAGACACCUCGAAGGACCCUCGCCCCGCAGAUGUCUUGAGCGGAUCGGAGACCUUCUGUGCCACGCAGGGGCCGAGCGAGUUCCGGCAGGAACCGGCAGGUGUGUCCAAAGCCAGCAGUCGGCGUGAAGAAGCUUGUCUCCGUGAUGCAGGAGUUUCAGAAGCGGCCGACGCUCAGCCCCCGCUCCAGGGCUUGGGUAAGACGGAGAAGGCAAGUGGGAACACAGCGGGGACCCCACCUCGUGGGCCUGACUCAGGCGCUCUCCUGGACGCAGCUCACGGGACGCCGGCCCCAGCGCCCGCCAGCCUCGGGGUCACACCCACCCAGGAUGCCCCAGACAGAGAGGCGUGGGGUGAAAGCCAGGGAGCCAGGCAGCGACCGGCGCCGGCCGCGCCGAAGGACAUGGAGCAGCCCACGGCCCUGGAUGCAGAGGCCCAGGGGCCUCUUGGAAGUUGCCCAGCGGCCCAGGGUCGAGGUGCUGAUGAGGGCGCUGCUGAGGCCGGUGGGCACGCUGAGGAAGGAGACCUGGGGGAGCAGCGGGCACUGGAGGGGUCAGCGGGAGCUGCUGCGUGGGGCGGCUUCCUUCAUUCUGAGCAGGGCGCCUCCCCCGGGAAGGAAGCUUCUACCUUUGCCCCCGGGGGGCCCUACCAAGCAGAGUUGUGUCUGGCCAGCUGCCAGGAUGCGUUGCUACCGGCCAGAGAGCUGGGCUUGAUUCCCAGCAGCAAGGUGGAUACUUCUGCAGCACAGGCUGUCCCCAGCCCAAAGAGCCACCUACUACUGGGGCCACCAGAAGAGGCCUCCCCGGACACCCCCUACCUGGAUCUUGCUGGUGCUGCUGGGAAAGGGGCAGACCCUUGUCUCAUGGAAGAGCCUCUGCCUGCCCUGGAGCAUGCUACCCCCAUGAAGAUUUCUGCCGGCUUGCUGGCCUCUCUCUCACCACCAGGAGCUGCCGGUGGGAAAAUCUCUGUGGCACAAGCCAGCAGUGGAAGCUCCAAAGCUGGAAGCUUUGAGGGACCUGUGGGCUCUGUCCCCUACCUGGACAGGAUGCCACUUCUGACCGAGAGUGAGCAGAUGAUAGGGGAGGAGGGGGCGAGAGCGCCCGGUGCAGGGACCCAGCCGGGGGAGAUGCCAGCGUGCUCUGCCAGUGAGGGAAGCAUGGCAGGUGAUGAUGCCCUAAGGGAGAUGGAGGGCAGCGGGGAGAGGAUGGUGGAACCUUCUAAGGAUCCCAGGAGAGGCACCUCAGGUGGUGUGGAUGCAAGCUCUAAGACGGGCAUGGGCGUGAUCGCUGGGCUCCCUGACUUCAGGGAGCACAUCACCAAGAUCUUUGAGAAGUCUGUGCUCAGAGCCGUGACUGCGGAUCGGCCCCAGAGUGCAGCAGGGGAAAAGGGGGGGUCCGAGGGGAGUGUGCAGGGCAAGGACCUCGCGGGGUCCUCUCCAGACGAGACUCAAGGAGCAGCCAUCGCCCCUCCCCCUGCCCUGCCCGCUGGACUUAGGAUGGGCACAAGGGAAAAGAUGCACGAGCUGUCUAUGGAGGCUGAGAUCCCUUGUCUGGCGCCCCAGGAGCCCGGCCCAGGAAAGCUGCCGGGUCUGGCGGCCCCAGUCGCAGCGCAGAACCUGCCAGGUGCCAGCGUGGGACAGGAAACGACUGGUGUCCUACGGAUGGUGCAGGACAGUGAGAAGCCAGAGAGGGCUGCGGAGUUUGAGCCGGGGCCUGGGGGCCAGCCCCCCUCACAGCAGGGCGGGGGCCAGCGGGAAUCAGCUUCGGGUCUCUCCUCUCCAGCAGCUGUAUCGUGCACGCCCAUGGGAAAAGCUGCUGACUUCCAGGUGGCUCCCCAGAGCCACGGAGAAGGGGCCUCAGCUCCAGAAGACAGAAAUCCCCCUGGAAUGUACCACCAGGAAGCCUCCACGGGCGACAGUCAACCCAGAGAGGAUGACAGUGCCUGGGGCUGUGCUCACACAGGGGGUCCCAGUGCCAUGCCAGUGUUCACCUGUGCCCUGGGAACACCUUCUCCCCGUGGGGCUGUUCCGCUUGUGGCUGCAGCCAUCAGUGCACCCUGGACCCCCAACACACCUGGGGCUGAGCAGAGGCAUGGAGGUGAUGCUGGGAUCUCGAGAAACUCCCCAGGCCAGGAGCGGGCCCCAGAGCCACAGGCUGGGGAAGUCGCAGCCACUCCCCUGGAGCCCAGCUCGGCGGCAGGAGCUGCUGGCGAGGCAGAGGGUGACGUCACUCUGAGCCCAGCUGAGACCAGGGCAUGGGUGUCUGCUGACCCGCCUGAGACAGGUACUACAAGGAUGUCCUCGGGUGCUGCUCCUGGGCCAGUGUGGCCAGGGAUGGGCGGGGCCCCAGGCUGCUCUGAUGGGGCCCCGGGCACGGAGGAGAGCCUGUCGGUGCACCAGCUGGCAGAGGAGCAGCCAGGCCCUGCGCCCCCUACUCCUGCCGGGGGUGGCAAGCUGCCAGUCUCAUCACCUCCAGCGCCUGACGGACCUCAGGACCCACUGCUGCAAAACCUGGCCCCAGGAGCGCUCCACACCGAAAGAAAGAGCCCCGAGACUGAUCCAUCGACGUCGCCUUCAGUUCCUGAGAAGGAUGCCGGAAAUGUCCUGGGCAACGUCGUUUCAGACGAGGCCAAAAGUGUGGGAGGAGCAGAAAGGUCACCUGUAGCAGAUGACGUCAUCCAGCCAGCUGCCCUCGAGGACUUGGAAAACCCACUGUUAGCUGCCUCUCCCCACCAGGGUGAAGCCAUCAGCCAGGACGCCAGAGAUCUGACAGCCCAGAGCCCCUCCCCAGCUGCUGCCCGUGCAGAUCUCGCUCCCCGAGCCUCAGGACAUGUGCCUUCUGCCCCAGCUGCUGACAGAGCAGAAGCUUCCGGUCUCUCCUGCCCGACUACGGCCAAGGACUUGAGCAGGAGUUCUGACUCUGAAGAAGCUUUCGAGACCCCCGAGUCGACGACUCCUGUCAAAGCUCCACCAGCCCCACCUCCGCCGCCCCCCGAGGUCACUCCAGAACCUGAGAUCAGCGCACAGCCUCCCCUGGAAGAGCCAGGAUGCGGUUCUGAGCCAGCCUGUGUCCCUGAUGGCCCACGCAGCAGCUCGGUGGAGGGGAGCCCCUUCCGCCCCCCAUCACACUCCUUCUCUGCCGUCUUCGAUGAAGACAAGCCUAUAGCCAGCAGCGGGACUUACAACUUAGACUUUGACACCAUCGAGCUGGUGGAUGACUUCCAGACGUUGGAGCCCCGCUGCUCGGACUCUAAGAGUCAGGAGUGCAAAGUGAGCACGCGGAGGAAGUCCACGGAUUGUGUCCCCGCCUCCAAGUCCACGCUCUCCCGAUCCCUCAGCCUGCAAGCCAGUGACUUUGACGGUGCGUCCUGCUCAGGCAACGCCGAGGCCGUGGCCCCGGCCCCAGAUGCGUACAGCGCGGGCUCAAGCAGUGCCUCCAGUACCCUUAAGCGAACUAAAAAACCGAGGCCGCCUUCCUUAAAAAAGAAGCAGGCCACCAAGAAGCCCACGGAAACCCCCCCGGUGAAAGAGACACAGCAAGAGCCGGUCGAAGAGAGUCCCGUCCCCACGGAGAACACAGCCAUCGAGACGAAGACGGAAGCGGCCAGGACAGAACCUUCGACACCAGUGCUGUCAGAGGAAGCACCCCCGAAGCCUGUGCCCAAGGCCGCCUGCUCUCUGGACCCAGAGGGCACCGAAGGGGCCGUGCCCCCCGCUUCCGGAAGCGGCAGAGUGCAGAACUCGCCCCCCGUUGGAAGGAAAACGUUGCCUCUUGCCACGGCCCCGGAGGCCGUGGAGGUGACCCCGUCGGAUAGCGGGGGGCAGGAGGACUCCCCGGUCAAAGGGCUCUCGGUGCGGCUGGAGUUCGACUAUUCUGAGGACAAGGGUAGUUGGGACACCCAGCAGGAAAACCCCCCUCCCACCAAAAAGCUCGGCAAAAAGCCGGUUGCCAAAAUGCCCCUAAGGAGGCCAAAGAUGAAAAAAACGCCCGAGAAACUCGACAACGCUCCUGCCUCACCUACCCGGUCCCCCGAUGAGCCCAAUGACAUCCCUAUGGCGAAAGGUACCUACACCUUUGAUAUUGACAAGUGGGACGACCCCAAUUUUAACCCUUUUUCUUCCACCUCAAAAAUGCAAGAGUCCCCCAAACUGCCCCAGCAGCCCUACAGCUUCGACGCAGAUGCCUGCGACGAAUCCGUUGACCCCUUUAAGACGUCUUCUAAAACCCCAGCCUCGCCUUCUAAGUCCCCGGCCUCCUUUGAGAUCCCAGCCAGUGCCAUCGAAGCCAACGGAGUGGACGGGGACGGGCUCAACAAGCCCGCCAAGAAGAAGAAGACGCCCCUCAAGACUGACACAUUUAGGGUGAAAAGGUCGCCAAAACGGUCUCCUCUCUCUGAUCCACCUUCUCAGGACUCCACUCCGGCGGCUGCACCGGAAACGCCAGUGAUCUCCGCCGUGGUCCAUGCAACCGACGAGGAGAAGUUGGCGGUCACCAACCAGAAGUGGACGUGUGUGACGGUGGGUCUGGAGGCCGACAAGCAGGACUACCCGCAGCCCUCAGACCUGUCCACCUUCGUAAAUGACACCAAAUUCAACUCACCCACGGAGGAGUUGGAUUACAGAAACUCCUAUGAAAUUGAAUACAUGGAGAAAAUUGGCUCCUCCUUACCUCAGGACGAUGACGCCCCGAAGAAGCAGGCCCUCUACCUUAUGUUUGACACUUCUCAGGAGAGCCCGGUCAAGUCUCCCCCGGUCCGGACGUCAGAGUCCCCGACGCCAUGUUCAGGGUCAAGUUUCGAGGAAACUGAAGCCCUUGUGAAUGCCGGCGCAAAGAUCCAGCACCCCGUCACACGAGGGCUGGCUACCAACCAAGAGCCACACUUGCAGGUGCCAGAGAAACCAUCCCAGAAGGAGCUGGAGGCCAUGACCUUGGGCACCACUUCAGACGCAAUUGAAAUUACUGCUCCUGAGGGCUCCUUUGCCUCUGCUGACGCCCUCCUCAGCAGGCUAGCUCAUCCAGCCUCUCUCUGUGGUGCGCUUGACUAUCUGGAACCCGACUUAGCAGAAAAGAACCCCCCAGUAUUUGCUCAGAAACUUCAGGAGGAGUUAGAAUUUGCCGUCAUGCGGAUAGAAGCCCUGAAGCUGGCCAGGCAGAUUGCCCUGGCUUUCCGUGGCCGCCAGGAGACCGAGAGAGAAGCUGGUCACCCAGCAGAUGUCCCCAUCUCUAAAACAGCCUUGUACUCCCGCAUCGGGACGGCCGAGGUGGACAAGCCCGCAGGACUUUUAUUCCAGCAGCCUGACCUGGACUCCGCGCUCCGGAUCGCCAGAGCAGAGAUCAUAACCAAGGAGAGCGAGGUCUCGGAGUGGAAGGCUAAAUACGAAGAAAGCAGGCGGGAGGUGAUGGAAAUGAGGAAAAUAGUGGCUGAGUAUGAGAAGACCAUCGCUCAGAUGAUAGAGGAUGAGCAGAGGGAGAAGUCAGUCUCCCACCAGACCAUCCAGCAGCUGGUCCUGGAGAAGGAGCAGGCCCUGGCUGACCUGAACUCCGUGGAGAAGUCUCUGGCCGAUCUCUUCAGGAGAUACGAGAAGAUGAAGGAGGUCCUUGAAGGCUUCCGCAAGAAUGAAGAGGUGCUGAAGAAAUGUGCGCAGGAGUAUCUGUCCCGAGUGAAGAAGGAAGAGCAGAGGUACCAGGCCCUGAAGGUGCACGCGGAGGAGAAGCUGGACAGGGCCAACGCCGAGAUCGCGCAGGUGCGAGGCAAGGCGCAGCAGGAGCAGGCCGCCUACCAGGCCAGCCUGCGGAAGGAGCAGCUCCGCGUGGACGCUCUGGAGAGGACGCUGGAGCAGAAGAAUAAAGAGAUAGAAGAACUCACCAAGAUUUGUGAUGAACUGAUUGCCAAAAUGGGGAAGAGCUAACUUUGAACCAAAUGUUUGGACUUGACCAUUGCGUGCAAUAUGACCGUCGGCACACUGCUGUCCUUCCGUACCGUGGGCAGGUUCUGUCUUCACUUUUUCGUAUGCACUACUGUAUUUCCUUUCUAAAUAAUGUUGAUUUGAUUGUAUGCAGUUCUAAGGAGGCUAUCAGAAUUUCUUGCUAUUGGUUUGCAUUUUCUUAGUAUAAAUUCAUAGCAAGUUGACCUCAGAGUUCCUGUAUCAGGGAGAUUGUCCGAUUCGCUAAUAAAAGACAAAUCGCUGACCUUGGCCUUGCCCUUUGUACAUGAGUUCCCAGGGUGAGCGGCUUUUGGAUUUAAUAUGAACUUGUAUAGCUUUCACAGGGACUCUUGCCUUAAGGAGUGUAAACUUGAUCUGCAUUUGCUGAUUUGUUUUAAAAAAAAAUGCAUGUUUCAAAUAAAAUUCUCUAUUGUAAAUAAA